CAAAGACGGAAAACAGUGAACAUCCCACGCUGUAGAGUAAAACAGGAGACUCCUUUUGUUUUUCUUCUCUGCUGUUUUUGUGUGUGUGUGUUUGAGACUUGGCUUGGAGGACAGUUUGUGCCGGCGUCCCAAGAUGAACCAAACCGCCACUGUAUCGCAUCAGGUUAAAUGCCAGUCUACGAAGGCCAUCAAGGACCUGGGUGGGGUGAGUCCUCCUCAGAGGAACUGGAAGGGGAUUGCCAUCGCUCUGCUGGUCAUCUUGGUGGUCUGCUCCCUCAUCACCAUGUCGGUCAUCCUCCUCACACCAGCUGACAACCAAGCUGGGAGUGACACCAAACUGACUGUGGAGGAUUUGUUCAAACCUGAGUUCAAGGUCCACGACCCGGAAGCCAAAUGGAUCAAUGACUCGGAAGUCAUCUACAGGAACAGUGAUGGCCACGUCAUCAAGUUCAACAUCCUCACAAAUGAAACAGAGAUAGUCCUGACAAACACAACAUUUAUAAAUUUCAAUGUGGCCAAAUAUGCUGUCUCCCCCGACCUGAAAUAUGUUCUUUUUGCUUAUGAUGUGAAACAGGUUUACCGUCACUCCUACAUGGCCUCCUACAGCAUCUACAACAUUCAUACACGGGAGGUUUGGGAGCUGGAUCCUCCUGAGGUGGUGAACUCAGUCCUGCAGUACGCUGCCUGGGGAGUGCAGGGCCAACAGCUGAUCUACAUAUUUGAAAACAACAUCUACUACCAAUCUGAUGUCAAGAGUAACUCCCUUAGGCUAACGUCCUCAGGGAAGGAGGGGGUCAUCUUCAAUGGAAUUGCUGACUGGCUCUAUGAAGAGGAGAUCCUUCAGACCCACGUGGCACACUGGUGGUCACCUGAUGGAGAGAGACUGGCCUUCCUGGUUCUCAACGACAGCCUGGUGCCCAACAUGCCUUUACCUCGCUUCACUGGCAUGACAUACCCCAAAGGAAAGCAGUACCCAUACCCCAAGGCCGGCCAACCCAACCCGGCGGUGAAGCUCUAUGUGGUGAAUCUUUACGGGCCGACGCACACGCUGGAGCUCAUGCCUCCAGAGACGCUCAAACUACGAGAACAUUAUGUGACCAUGGUGAAGUGGAUCAGCAAGACCAAGACAUCUGUCAGGUGGUUGAACCGGGCCCAAAACAUCUCCAUCCUAACUGUGUGUGACACUACAACCGGAGCCUGCGUCACGAGACAUGAAGAAAGCUCCGAGCUCUGGCUCUCCAAGCAGAACCAAGAACCGGUGUUCUCCAAAGACGGCAACAGGUUCUUCCUGACGGUUCCGGUCAAACAAGGAGGUCGUGGAGAGUUUCAUCACAUCGCCAUGUUCACCACACAGUUCAGAGCAGAUCAAAACGAAGUCCGGCAUCUAACAUCAGGAAACUGGGAGGUGACCAGGAUCAUCGCCUAUGAUGAGAACACUGACAACCUUUAUUUUCUCAGCACAGAGGGUUCACCACGAAGACGACAACUUUUCAGUGUUAAAACUGUGGGUCUGUUCCCACGACGGUGUUUAACAUGCGAGUUAAAUAAAGCUCACUGCCUGUACUUUGAUGCUGACAUCAGCCCCACAAACCAGCACAUCAUCCUCCACUGUAAAGGUCCUGGAGCCCCUACUGUGAUCUUACACAGCCUCAAUAAUUCAAAUUACUACAUUCUUGAGAACAACUCUUUGCUGAAGGCAGUCUUGAAGUACAAAAGGAUCCAACUGACUGACUUCAGAACUGUUCCAAUGGAACAUUUUGAUUUACCUUUGAAGAUCUCCUACCCACCAGACUUCUCUGAUUCGCGUCACUAUGGACUACUGUUGGUGGUUGACAGCGCGCCUGGUGGUCAGGCGGUGAGCGACCGCUUCUCUCUCAGCUGGGACUCUGUCUUGGUGAGCUCAGACAGCGUCAUCGUGGCUCGACUGGACGGUCGGGGCAGCGGCUUCCAGGGCCAGAGGAUCCUGCACGAGGUUCAUCAGAGGCUGGGAAGUGUCGAUGUCCAGGACCAGAUUGCAGCAGUAGAAUACAUGAUGAAAUUUCCAUAUAUUGAUCGGACACGGAUAGCAGUGUUUGGAAAGGGUUAUGGAGCCUACAUAACAUUAAUGAUGCUCAAAGCGACUGACAGCCUCUUCAAAUGUGCAUGUGCGAUGUCACCAGUGACAGACUGGAAACUCUACGCGUCAGCGUUCUCGGAGAGAUACCUCGGCAUGCCAUUACGGGAUGACAGCAGAUAUCAGUUUUCCAGCGUGCUGCAGAACGUUCAAGCUCUUAGAGAGCAGACACUGAUGCUGGUGCACGGCACAGCAGAUGCCAACAUCCACUUCCAGCAUACUGCUGAGCUCGUCAAGAACCUUGUGAAAGUUGGAGCAAACUACUCCAUGCAGAUCUACCCAGAUGAGGGUCACUUCCUGUCCCGGCAGAGUCGCCAGCACCUCUACGCCACACUGACCAGCUUCUACAGGGAGUGUCUGAAGGAGGAGUUACUACCGCUGCCCGAUGACGAAGAGGAGGAGGAGGAAUAGGCGGGAGGCUUUGAGGGUUAGACCUUCGGCAGAGCUUAAGAUAAUUUUGCUAAAAUCCGUCAAGGCUUUUCGCAUUUGGACCAAGUGUUUAGCCAGACAUGGACACUGGGUUAGAGCUUCUAAUGCUCUUAAGUGUGUAUGUGUGUGUGCGCUUGUGUAUGUGUGUAAGUGUGUGUGUGUGUGAGAGAGAGAGAGAGAGAGAGCACUCCAGUGUGUGACUGUGUAUAAAUGUGUUGAAAAGAUAACUGAAGGACACGACAGUGACACUUGCAUUGCCGGGACUUGAGGCGGGAACAGCCCUCUAGCAUAAAGUCAUUUCAGUUUCGGGACGCUCCGUUUCUCGGCAAAGCACACGGAAGACUGCCUCCAUCUUGUGCAGGCUCUCUGGGCUGCAGUCAUCCACACUUAACCAAGUGCAUGGUUCUUUUUUCUCCCCCCUCCUCCUCCUCUCUUCCCUCCUCCCACACUCAUUUUUGCCAUGUUAGUCUACUUUGUGGUAACACUUGGGAAGAAAAGAACACAGAUGUACAAUACUUCUGAUCUCACCUCUCCUUUGGUUGUUGUAUUGUUGCACAAGGAAAUGCUCCAGUCAUCUACAAAAAAACCUUUAGUCACACAAGUCCACCACAACCAAGCCGACCCCUGAAUAAGUGCAAUUUCCUGCUGAAACCCUCUGCCAUCGCCCACCCUGAAUGGAAACAGUCUUUAUGGGUCACACUUUAUUGUACAGGGGUCUUGUGUAGACAUGUACAAUGCCUUAUGAGGUUCAACAUACUGUAAUAUUACUUGCUGACGUCGGUAGUCAUCCAUUAGCAGUGUCAUGUGUCAACCUAUGUCAACUCAGGUCCUCGAGACACAGCAUCGCGGUCAGUUUAGUAUCUGAAACAGUUACAACACUACGUCGGUUGUAUGGUCAUAAAUACAUUAUGGAUCCUAUAUGAAGAUUAUGGAUAUCGGCCAUAAAGUUAGGCCACACUGCAAAAGUUCUCCAUCUUAAUAUGCCAUUAACCUGGUUUUGGUAAAUCAAGCGAUGAAAUCUGUCAGAAGUCAGAUUUUUAUUGAAUUCAAGAGACAUUUCCUGAGGUUUUGGACACUCUUACUUCAAGAAAAAAAAACAAAAAAAACAUUAAAAGCGAUAAUAAAUGAAAAUGGGUGUACUAAGAUGGGCAAUUUUACAGUGUCAGUAAGGUGUUUGCAUGUCUACAGGGAAUGUGUCAAGUGUUGCCACAUUUUGUACAGUACAAUACAGCAGAGUGUGUACAUAAAUAUAUUUUUGAGAUGUCAGAUCUCAUAGAAAGUUUAGUCUAUGGGGAUGGAUUGAUUUGACCUCGAUGUCUUGUAUGUUUUUUUUUUUGUUUUUUUCCGUUCUUUUCUGUUUUUUUCCUUUCAGCUGUUGAUUUUCUUCUUAGGAUGGAUUUUGUAAAGCUUCUUCUUGUUCUUUUUGCUGUUUUAAAAAAAAGGGAAAAGGGAAAGGGCAGGGUUGAGGUU